UUUCUCUUGAAUAUUGGUCACAAAUCUGUCCGAGUCUGUGUUAGUGAGCACUUCUCCUUUGUCGAGAUGAUUGCACAGGUGUGCCUUCAGCCCCGUUGGCGCGUCAAGCGACAAAAACUCACUGAAGUCUGGCCGCUGAAGUCGGUUACGAUGACGAACUGCAGUCCGGUCGAGACCCCGAUGGGGACGGUUUCCACAAACCUUGUCCGGGUGGCUGGUCUCUGACGGCCUCGGAGGUCCUGGGGCUGCGGCUGUCGGAUCUACUGUCAAAUUCUCUCGGAUGCCUUUGGAGACGGCUUAUGGUAGAGAGAGAUCAACAUUCAGUUCACAGGAAACAGCUCUGGCGGGCAGUCCUUUUGCAUGGGCCCUUUAAAACUCUCAGCAUCUGUGGCAUUGUGGCGCCUGAUAAAACUGAGCGUUUGAGAGGGGCCUUUUAUUGAGACCAGCCUAAUGAUCAUUAUCACACCUGUGAGGUGGAUGGAUCAUCUCGGCAAAAGGACAAGUGCUCACUAACACAGGUUUACACAGAUUUGGUAACAACAUUUGAGAGAAAUAGGCCUUUUGUGUACAUAGGAAAAGUAUUAGAUCUUUGAGUUCAGCUCACGAGAAACAAAAGUGUUGCGUUUAUAAUUUUUUUCAGUAUGUGUGUGGGUAUAGAUGAUAGAUAGAUAGAUAGAUAGAUAGAUAGAUAGAUAGAGAGAGAGAGAGAGAGAGAGAGAGAAGCAUCUAAAGCAUGUAAAUAUUAUGUCUACACUGAAAAAAAGUAUAAUUUUAACAGUAAAAACACUAGACAUUUAAUAUAAUUUUACAUUAACAUGCUGUCAGUUAUUUAGUUUUUAGAAGUAAACAGAACAAAUCGAUGUAUGAUUUACAGUCAAAAACUAAACUGAUACUGCUUGACACUUCACAUUUGAAAGCAUUUUGCUUAAAUAAUCAUGUUUUUAAAUGCUUUCGUUAUCGGUUGUGUGCAUUUGGACAUUAUGUUAGGUCUUUUGUUGUUUAAUGAAUGUUUAUUGCGCUAUUUAAGUGUUACCAUGUUUGAGCUUGGAGUCUUCUUCUGACUUUUUCUUUCACAUCCAUUAUUAAGGUCACUAUCAGAUACAAAAUAGUUUUUAAUAGCGGUGUGCACUGUAAAAAUGUGAUUGCAGUUUUUCUGUAUUUUUUAUUUAUUUUUAUUUUUUACAAAAUUAUUCUGUCAACCGCAGCUGCAGAAAUAGUUUUGUAAAAACUACAGUUUUUUUUUGUUUUGUUAGAUUCUCUUCUACAAGCCACGUUCACGUUCAGUUAACGAUCCCAUUAUUUAAGUUUAGUAAUGACGCACAUGUCAGGACGGAAGAAACCUCCCACUGCCUGUUUAAAAGUGUCUUCUUGCAGUGUGAAAAACGUCCUUCGGCAGUCAUCUUUUUGGUAAGAAACAUGAAGGCGUUCUGCGCUGCUUGCAUCCUGUCUCUUCUUACUCAAGGAAUGGCACUGAAGUGUAACCUGUGCGUUUCCAAAGGGAACGGGGUCGCGUGCGCUCCAUCGGUGCAGACGUGUCUUUCCCACAUGAUGGCCUGUGGAAACAUCACAUUUAGAGCCGUUUUGACGGCUCCACCUUCAAUCCGUUCCUGCAUAAGCAUGUCGGCCUGCUUGAGCUACCUGCUCGCUCCAGAAGUGACGGCCGCGUGCUGCAGGACUGACCUCUGCAACUAAACCAACGAACCCGAGUCACCGAAGACGUACGCUUUAGCCCAACUCUACCUUUCCGUAAUCGAACUACAACGACAACGAUUUGCAAACGAAAACGUUACAAACAGCAAUGGUGUGUAACUUUUAGCACGCUGCAAUAAAAGCGGUCAGGCAGUGUCUGUUGUGGUCACACAAAAUGUAUCACUUAAAAAAAUUUUUGGAGUUAAUAAUGAAUAGUAAACGACAUCUGGGGAUGGAAAGUCAGCGUGUGGCUAGAUUUAUUUUUGGCAGGAAGCAAAAAAAUAAUGCUGUGAGGAGAUACCAUGCCGAAACGCCGCCUUUUUUGGAAAUACCCGAAUAAAUAAAACUUUCAGUGGACAUAAACUCCAUUAAACAGUUUUGGAAGUUACGUGAUGUGCUUUACGACCACUGUAAAGGCAGCGAGUCUAACACAGGCGGCUUAAAAUGAACCGAAAUGAGGUCCACCCUGCCCGAAACGCGCGCGUCAGUCGCGACUCUUUUAAAUGACUCGUUUUAAACGAUUCUUUUUAAAUGACUCAGCAUCGUGUUUCGAGGUAGCGCUCUUUUUAGGUAAGACUUUUUCUUUGUCACUCACCAAAAAAAAGGAUAGCUACUGCAGCAUUUCUUCUUGCAUAGGUGUCACGUGUCGACUGAAAACUCGUUACAGUUCGAGGCUGAAGUGCCUCAAAUAGAUAGUUAUGCGUUUCAAAGAGUUUCAGACGGCGCCAUCUCCUGGACAACAGACAGAUAUAGACACGGGGCGGGAGUCGAGGCCAUCCCUUUUCGCUACUGAUCAUCAAAACAAAGCAUAAAAUAACGUAAUGGCAUGAUGAA